AAAUUCGGAAUCCAUUUAGAAGAAAAUCAAAAUCAAAUUAUGGAACUAUCAUUUCGUGAUUAUUUUUGUGAUUUUUGUGGUGGUCUUCUUUGUUUCUCAUCAUCGAAAUUUUUUACCAAAGAUUCAUAUAAUAUUGGUUCAUCCAACGUUGAUCUAUCCUGUUAUCAAUGUAAUUCUACAUUUAAAAAAGGAAUUACAUCAUUAUCAUUUGUACCAUUACGGCAAAUACUGAAAGCUGAAAUUAUUAAAGAUAGUGAUCAAUGGGCAUCAGCAUCGAUUACCGAUGAAAAAUGUCCCAAAUGUACACACAAUCGUGCAUAUUAUAUACAAAUGCAAACACGUUCAGCUGACGAACCAAUGACAACUUAUUAUCGUUGUGAAAAAUGUGCUCAUAAUUGGAAAGAAUAACUCUUUGUUUUACAAAAAUUACCUUCAAUAAUAUCUGAAUAUAAUUAUGUUUAAUGUGUGUGUAUUUUUCAAUUUAUCCUUGAAAUAUUUCCGUUGCUUGUCAAUAAAAAAAUCUAUAAUUAUUUUC